GAGAGAGAGAGAGAGAGAGAGAGAGAGAGAGAGUUGCAGUAGCAUGAGGAGAUCCUGACCCUACAUCUCAGUUAAGAAUUUAACUACUUUCCACCGUUGACAUAAAAGAUGCAGUCAUCACUGGAUCCCACUUCCCAAAUUUUUUUGAACCUUCUCUCUCUCUCUCCCACACUCCACUAGGCCAAAAUCAAAGAAGGAAUGGACAGAGCUACACCAAUAAGAAAACCCCACACAUCCACCGCCGAUUUGCUGACGUGGUCAGAGGCUCCUCCGCCGCCCGCCACCGACUCCGCCAACGCCUCCCGUCCUCACCAGCCGUCGGAUGGGAUCAGGAAGGUGGUGUUUGGAGGUCAGGUGACCGAUGAAGAAGCCGAGAGCCUAAACAAACGGAAGCCUUGCUCAGGGUAUAAAUUAAAGGAAAUUACUGGAAGCAAAAUAUUUGCUGGUGAAGAUGGAGAGCCAGAAUCUGGGGACAGAACAACAGUUCGGACUUAUCAGCAAGCAAUGAAUGGAAUAAGCCAGAUAUCAUUUAGUGUAGAGGAGAAGGUUUCUCCAAAGAAACCUACCACUCUCCCUGAAGUGGCAAAGCAGCGUGAGUUAAGCGGGACCCUUCAAAGUGAUGCAGAUGCAAAAACUAACAAGCUGCUGUCUGAUGCAAAGAGCAAGGAACUGAGUGGGAAUGACAUUUUUGGCCCUCCUUCGGAAAUUCCUCCGCGAUCAUUGGCUGCAACACGCACCUUGGAAGCCAAAGAUAACAAAGACAUGGUCGAACCUGCACCAAGGAAUGUGCGGACAUCUGUCAAAGUUUCUAAUCCUGCCGGAGGUCAGAGUAACAUCCUAUUUGGCGAAGAACCAACAGUCAAGACUGCAAGGAAAAUACACGACCAAAAGUUUGCAGAGCUUACGGGGAACAACAUCUUCAAGGGAGAUGUUCCUCCUGGGUCAGCUGAGAAACCACUGAGCACGGCUAAGCUCAGAGAAAUAAGUGGCAAUGAUAUAUUUGCUGAUGGAAAGGCGGAAUCUAGAGACUACCUAGGAGGCGUUCGCAAGCCACCUGGUGGCGAGAGCAGCAUUGCCUUGGUUUAAUGUGUUACCUUUAUUUCCUUAUGCAUUUGCCACGAUGUUUGGCCCCUCUAUUCCCCAGUGCGCCCCUUGACAGACAUUUUUUUAUUGGUGAAACGUACUUGGACUGCUAAAUGUAGUUUGUUGCAUUAAAAACAGUUUUAGUGCUUUAA